GACGUUACCGUCGUGCAGUGCGCAGCUAAGUCGUCGCGCGUGCGCAAGCGCUCAGCGCGGAGGCCUGCCGGAAGUCAAGAUGGCGCGUAUGUGGUGUCCAGGCCGCAGUUGGCGCUUUAUCAGUAUCUAAACCGUGUGUUUUCUAAGGGGUGGCAAACGCCCUCUCCGCCGCCAUGGCCCGGCAUCGGAAUGUCCGAGGCUAUAACUACGAUGAAGAUUUUGAAGAUGAUGAUCUCUAUGGCCAGUCUGUAGAGGAUGAUUAUUGUAUUUCGCCAUCAACAGCUGCUCAGUUUAUUUACUCGCGGCGUGACAGACCUUCCCUUGGUGAGCCUGUAGAAGAAUACGAUUACGACGAUCUGAAAGAGUCCUCCAAUUCUCUUUUGAACCAUCAGCUGAGUGGAAUUGAUCAAGCUCGUCUUUAUUCAUGCCUUGAUCACAUGAGAGAGGUGCUUGGAGACACUGUGCCAGAUGACACUUUGAUUGAAGCCGUUCUGAAGAACAAGUUUGAUGUGCAGAAGGCUUUGGCAAUGGUUCUGGAACAAGAUAAAAUGCAGAAUUGGAAGGUCAAGAGUGAGGGAGCAAUAUCUACAGGGAAGAUAGCAAAAGGAGUCUUAUUAUCUUCCUCUGAAGUUUCAGCUGAUAAUAUUCAAAGCUCUUGUCCUCAAUCUGCAAACCACUUGGAUUAUAGUAGCAAACCCUUUGAUUUUUCUGGCCCAGUAGGAAAAUCUGGAUUAUAUCCUAAUUCCUCAGUUAUACCAAGUCACUAUUUACUCCACAAAAAAAAGAAACUUGACAGACCUAAAAGUGAAAAGAAACUAGAAUCAUGUAAGUUAACAAAAGAGCUGUCACUAGCUGACCUAAUUGAUGAUAUGCCAAGAGAUUCUUGUAAAAGUCAACCAUCAGUCAGAUUAUCAAACACAGGUAGUCUGGAAGGUCUGUUUUCAAAGAAUCUAGGUGCUGAUAUGUUAAGACCUCAUGAAUCUGAAUGUGUUUCCAAAGAUGAUUCUUCAUUCAAAGAAAUACCAGAUUUAAAAUCCUUAAUGACAAAGGACAUAACACCUAAUAACUCUUUAUGUACUCAGAAUAGUUCACUACCUGAUUUGCAAAGCAUUCUAGUACAAAACAGCAUAGGAAGUUUAAGUAAUCCUUCGCUCUUAACUAGCACAUUGGAAGAUACAGCUCAUGAUAAUGUAAACGCUGCUAAAAUGACUGAAGUUGGAAGUGUUUCUUCAGUUGAACAAAGUACCAAGAAUUCCAUUUUAAAAAAUGACAGUUUGCAGUUUUCCCAGUGUGAAAGUCCAUCCCUAGCUGAACUCUUUCAGGAACACAAAGAAAACAAUCCAAGCCAGUGCUUUCCUUUAUCUGAUCUUUGUAACCAGUCAUCUGCCAGUUUCACAGAUCUAAGUUUGGGAUCCUUUCCCCUGUCACAGCUAGCAAAUCGGUAUCCAUCUUCGACUGGAAUAUCAGAAUUAACAGGAUCCCUGUCAUCUUUGGCAUUUUGUAAAGCUUCUCCUACAAGAGAUCUUGAGAAUUUGUCACUUUCUGAUUUGAUUGCAGAAACAAUUGAUAUAGACAACACUCAAAUUAGGAAGGAGUCUUCUAAGCUCAGUUUAUCUGAAAUAAGGUCACCUGGAAUAGAUUCAAAUAUUGAUCUUAGUGUCCUUAUAAAAACCCCUCAUCUUGUUCCAAAACAUGCAGUAGACCAAUCAGUUGCUCCAACAUCAGAAACAAAAGUUUUAAGUUCAAAGUUAGGGAAAAGUUUCAAUUCUGCUAAGGCUAAUAAGAAAACCAAUAAAGGCUCUUUGACUAGGAAACCACCUUUUUCUCUCUCUUGGACCAAGGCCCUUGCUGCUAGACCUUCAGCUUUUGCUUCAACACUGUGUCUUCGUUACCCACUGAAAAGCUGCAAGCGACGCACUCUUGACCUAUAUAAGACUUUUCUUUAUAGUAGACAAGUUCAAGACGUGAAGGACAAAGAAAUAAGUCCUCUUAUAGCAAUAACACCAUUUGACUUCAAAUCCGCAUCUCCUGAUGACAUUGUAAAAGCUAAUCAAAAGAAAGCUUUCACUAGAGAAUAGUAACAAAAGGAAAACUUGCUAACUGUUGAAGAGCUUCUGUUUUAAUUUAGUCUUUAUAGAAUUACUUGAUAUUAUGGGAUUCAAGUUGUGAUUUUUACAUUAAAAUCGUCUUAAGUCAGUUGAUAGUUUUAGUUGAUAUGUGUUUUUGCACUGAAAAAAUUUUUUUAAACUAUAUCUUCUUUUAAGUGAUAACUGGCUUUAUUUAAGUUGAUAGCCUAAAAUGGGUGUAUGUUUACAAAGCAUAUAUGGAAACUUGAUAUUGUGAAAUCAAACCUCUCAGAUAUUUUUGUUUGAGUGUUCAACUUUAUAAGUUUUUACAACAAGACAUUUUCUUUUAUAAAGUAUUUUUGUGCUUCGUUCUUAAACGAAAAUGCCACUUGGGAUUAUUAGAGUUUAGUGAUGAAGAUUUUUCUUAUGAUACAUGGCAUAGCAUAGGUGAGACGUAAUUAUAUUUUAAAAUAUUAGUGAUAUCAUUCCCAUUCAUUAUUUUUCUGUAGGUGAAUACUUAAAAUUUUUCUAUUAGAAAAUUUUAAAAUUCCUGACUCUUCAGAAUACUGUGGAGGUUGUUGAAAUACAUUUUUGAUGGUAAUGAAAUGAAAAACCUUUAAAGGACCAUGUACGUACUGAAGUUGGAUUAAUACUAAAUUAUUUUUAUACAUUUUCAAAACCAUUUGUCCUAAAUGCACAAUCUGCAAUAAGUAUGUAGGAAGUGUUUUCAAGUAUGGCUGCAUGUUGUUUGAGUAGAUAGUUUUAUCAGAUCUCUUACUUUUUUUUUUUUUACUAUGAGUAAUGAAAUGUGGAAUUUUCCUUUUUGAUACUGCAGUGACAAAGUUACAGCAAUGGUAGACCAGUAAGAGCUCUUCUAGUUCCUAGAACAAGUAUGUAAUUCUUCCCUUAAAGCAGUGGUCCUUAGCGAACAAUCAGAAUCGCUUGGGAAAUUUUUUCAAAACACAGAUACUGUAGCUUCACUCUAGACAUGGUGGUCAGUCUCUGAGGGUUGGCAUUUGGGAAUGUGUAUUUUCAAAAUAGUCCCUAGGUGAUUUUGAUAUGUUACUUUUACUUAAGAACCACUGCCUUAGGGGAAGAAAUCAGUAGCUUGAGAGGCAUUACUAAUGCUAAGACCAAUGUGAAUUUAUACUUAUAGUUUCUAGGAAUCAGGAAUACUAAGGAAAUUUCGAAUUAGGAAUUACAGUCUUUUACAUAAGAGGGUGCUGAUGGUGUAUUAUUAAUAUUUCUUGCAGGAAAAAAAUAGUAUCUAGAAUGGUUAUUUCUUAAUGAAAAUGAAAUAGCUGGCCUUUUCCCGGUAAAGAAAUAUUUUUCUCUGGCAGCUACUUCACUAUGCUUUUGAUGAUUUUUUUUUUUUUUUUUUUUGUAUUUCUUGUUUCAGUUUAUUUUCAGAAUGACAUUCCAAUAUUUUUAACUGUGUAUGAUGUUUUUAUAUCCAGUGUUUUGGUGGG